GCGAAGUAGAGACACGUAUUUGAAUUUUGCUGGCGAAUUUUAUUUUAUUAAAAUUAUUAGACUACAGUUUUGAACACAAAAAGUUUCAAAUGUGUUAAUACCUCACCUCAGUGCAGUCAGCAGCUGUUUUCUCUACAAUAUUCUCACACAUAAGCACAUAACUGCAAGUCACUGUCAAGCACAACACAAACAAUAAUGGAUCUCCUGUCAAAACUCCAAAAGGAAAUGAACAGUAUGAAGGAACUUUUCAAUUCACGGAUGGCUACUUUUGAGAACUCCAUUUCCACUCAGGCACCAGCACCUCCAGCUGUCCGGGACGACUUCAACAGCUUCAAAGAUUUUAUAGGAAAAAUGGUCUCGGGCCUGCAGAAUCAAAUGGAUAUAGUCUUGAAGACUUUGGAGGAGAUGGAGACGCGCUCUCGGGCUGGAAUAUUAUUGCUACACGGAGUCCCGGAGGCUGAGGGUGAGAUAGCCCCAUCUAAAAAUACUUCCAUGUAUAGCAUUUCGCUGAAAGUGACAGACAUUUGUCAAAAUAGGCUUCAGCUGAGUGACAUCACAACUAACUCAUUUGUUAGUUGCCACCGACUUGGUAAGAACAAAGCAGCUUCCAAACCUAGGGCAAUAUUAAUCAAAUUUUCCUGCUCCAGAACCCGGGAUGUUGUGUGGGCUGCCAAGAAGCUCCUUAAAGGGUCUGGCUUCACUUUAUCAGAGUUUCUAACAAAUACCCGGCAUGCUGUGUUUCUUGAGGCCAGGCGUAUCUACGGAGUCAAAGGUAGUUGGACCAGCGAUGGCCGGAUUGUUGUAGUAUGCCCAGAUGGUUCACGACAUAAAAUAACAACUAUGGACGAGCUUCGUGCACUGCCCUUGCCCUCUGAUGCCAAUGGGGCCGCCCUAAAGUCCACUGCGAGUGUUGGUGCAGAGGCCAGCGGUGAACCCGUGCUGCCUAACGCUGCCAACGCAACUUCCGCAGCUGCAGCACGCAGGGUUCUUCCAAAUCGAGGCACGCGGAAAUGAAGCCUCAACGCUGGUAGUACAGUGAUAUUUGCGGUUCCUCAUUGUUAUAGCUGAUUUGCUCUGUUAUCAACUUUCACUCUGCCAUGUGAGCACCUUUACUCAGCAAAUACUUGCAAAGUUCAACUUGUACCGGAUAAUACGUCACAUUUAUUUUAAUUUGCAUUGUAACAUAAUUAUAUUGAAGGUUGGGCGAUAAAUUUUGUUAUUUUGUUUGCGGGGAGUUUGUAAGUGUCACUAACGUCAUUGUCACUUCACUAGUGUCAUUUUGACAAGUUACGUUCCGUUUCUCACUAUUGUUUUGUUUUGUAUGUCGUUUUUCAAUUUACGUAUCUGUUCUAUUGUGUUAAAAUUUUUGUGUGACUGUAUUCAACUACUUAAUUAACACUCAUACUCAGAACGCAUAUUCAGUAUAUUUAGUAGCUUUAAUUAUUUUAUUCGUUAUGUAAACCAGCUGCUGGCGAGUAUUUGAGGUGAAUUGUGGAGUUUAGGCGUAGUAUUUUCGCAUGCAACUAAAUAUUUACAUUUUAAGUAUAGUUAUAUA